CGGGCGGCGGAUCAGGACAGCAGCUGGAGCACCUCUCUGGCUCUCUGCAUCUUCUGCUGCUGCUCCGGGUCCCAGGGCCCGUCCCCGAGGCUCUUGACCAGGGCCUCCGCCUUCUGCACCGUCAGGUCCCGGGAGGCGCCGCGCAGACCCUCGAUGUACAGCAGCAGCACCGGGAAGCUCUCGUCAGGGACCUGGGGGGACAGACCUCCAUGAAGCCCUGAGGGGGGACUGACCUCCAUGACCUCUGAGGCCCUGAUGACUGAACCCUGGAGCCUCAAGGGGUGCAGCGGUGUGGGGCUUACCUUCUCAGAGUCGUACAUCUGCUGCAGUAACCACGUCUGCCUGUGCUUCUGGAACUUCCACGCGGCGCGGUUCUCAUUCCAGCUAAGAGUCAAACCACAAGGAUGUCAGCGUGGGAGGGCCUCGCCUCCAUGAGGCCGGAUCAGAGGCCCACAUCCUCAGCCUGGCAGCGACAUCAUCUCAUCCUCCAAUACAAACUAACGUGGACGUUGCCUACAAACCCGGCCCGUUUCCUAGUUAGUCCCCAGCAUGGACGGAGAAAUGACCCCGAGGACCCCGGCUACGCACCAGGUGAGGUAGUCCAAGUUCUGUCGUGACGGCAGCACCUUCUCCGGGGCCACCUUCUCCACCGUCUUCCCCUCGGCCUUCAGCUGGGCCUUCUCCUCCUUCUUCCGGAUCUUCUUGAGUUUCCUCUCGAGAACCCGGCGCUCCUCGGGGUUCGGCUCCUCCCCCUCCUGGGUGGGCUCUGUAACCUGGCAACACACAACACAUGCUGCUCGUCAGGGGGUCCAAGUAUUACCAUAACCAUCGUCAUCAUCAUAGUUAAUAACAUAACUGGGAAUCAGGGGAAGAAAGAAAAAGUAUUUUUGCACAUUCCCAGAAAGGUCUGAAUGCUUUUCCGGCUCACUUUUACCUGUAAAAAUCUCCAGAAUGCUACAAGGUAGAAUUCAAACCUGAAAACUAAAGAUAAUGAAGUGAUGCAGCAGAGUCCACCAAACAGCCUAGACCUCCGCUGUUUAGUGUCAACACCCCGUGGCUCCAGCCCUCCCUCACCUUUACCUGACUCCCAUAUUUACAUAUUUCUACUUUCUACAUUCCCUUGUUGCUCACUGGUAACGCGCCUCUAGGUUUCCAGAACUUUCUUCGAAGUCAAGCUCAUUACAGCGAUGGUAAAAUUACAAUCCAAAAGAAGUUCCAGCUCAACUCUCUCUAAAGAUCUGGACGUUAGAGUGCCCUAAAUAUGCUGAAUGGUAGGAGGGGACGCGCCUGUACUUCCACUUCUGCUCUAGGAUGGCAGUUCACUAGCAAGGGAAAAGCAGAAGACAGAAUGGACCUUAUCCUUCCUACUUCUCAGCUCCAUGACAGUGAUGACCAACAUCUCAACCGUCAGCGUGAUGCAGUUCAACACGGACCCAAACUAAAGCCUGCAGGUUACUGAGCAGCCAUUAGCCGUUGAUCUGCAUCAAUGAAACAGAAGACAUGUUUAUGGCGCUCCAGGUCCCCCAACGCCAACACGGCCCUGGUUCCCCUGAGGCCAUGACACAUGACCACAACGUCAACAUGGAGGACUACUCUGAGCGCCACCACAACCUGACGGCGCCGCUCAACAGCUCUCUGAGGGCCGUCUCCAUCAUCCUGCAGGAGCCUUCAGGGGAGGACCACUACCUCCUGGGCCUCGUGCUGUCCUGCCUCUACACCGUGCUCCUCUUCCCGCUGGGCUUCGUGGGGAACGUCCUCAUCCUCGUGGUCAACCUCAGCCCCGGCGGCGCUCUGAGCGCGCCCGACCUGUACUUCGUGAACCUGGCGGCGGCAGACCUCAUGCUGGUGUCCGACUCGCUGAUCGAGGUCUUCAACCUGAAGAGGGGCUACUACGAGAACGCGGCGCUGUGCACCUUCAUGGCGCUCUUCCAGCAGGUCAACAUGUACAGCAGCGUCUUCUUCCUGACCUGGAUGAGCUUCGACCGCUGCAAGGUGCUGACGGGCGCGGCGGGCCGGCGGCCACCCGCCGCCCAGGCCCGGCUGAGCUGCUGCCUGGUGUGGGUGUCGUCCGGCCUGCUGACCGUGCUGCCCUUCGCCCUCGCCCACGCCCAGCACCGCGGGGAGCUGCACUUCUGCUUCGCCAACGUGUCCCAGGUGCUGUGGCUGGAGGUGACGCUGGGCUUCGUGCUGCCCUUCUGCGUGCUGGGGGUCUGCUACGGGAGGAUCGCGCUGAGGCUCCUGCGGAGCCGGCGGGGGCCCAGCGGCCCGCAGCAGUGGCCCCGCCGGCUGAAGGCCCUCAGGAUGAUCUCCGCCGCCGUCCUGGUCUUCUUCCUCUGCUGGCUCCCGGAGAACGUGUUUGUGUGCGUGCACCUGCUGCGUGGGCCGGCGGGGGGGCGUGGCCUGGCGGGGGGGCACCGCAGCGUGUGGCAGGACUACCCUCUGGCCGCCCACGUGGUCCGCCUCGCCGCCUUCUCCAACAGCUGCCUGAACCCGCUCAUCUACAGCUUCCUGGGGGAGACCUUCCGGGACCGGCUCAGGCUCUUCCUGAAGCAGCGCCGGGCGUCCGGCCUCCAGAGCCCCCGUCGCCCGCCCCCAACCCCCGGGCCGCAGCACCUGCGCUCCAAUCAGCUCUCUAAGAUAUUCAUCUACCCUCAGAAGACCCUCAAAGACCCCCCUGAGGGCUAGAACUCUCUCUGGGGAGUCGUUCUGCUUCAGGGGUCCUGCUGCUGCUGUUUAUUGUUGCGUUUGCAUUUCAGUCCCUUUUUGAGUUUUGUUAGUGCAUGCUUUUAAAUUUUCAUUCAUUGUUUAGAGAAGUUGUACACCCGAUCGCAAGUUGAAUGAGUAAUUGUGGUUAUUAUUGGGAAAUGAGUAUUCUACAAAUCCGAUUUUGCAGGACUGAUAAGCAGGCACAAUAAACUGACAAUAAUCAUGCCAAAUAACAUAUUUUUAGCACAUUUAAAAUCAAAGGACACACUGACAAAAGGGUGACAUUGAUAUAAAGUGGUGUGUAUUUAGUUCUAGGUUUGUUGGACAAGGAGCACCGAACAAUUAUCAAAAAAUAAUAAUUACAUGAACUGUUCCAGUUCUUCAGCAUAUUUGAUAGAGCGACCAUGAAGGGUCUGGCCCUUACCUCUUGUGGUGCCUCCUUCUCCUCCUCCUCCUCCUCCCUGGAGUUCUUCUUGGGUUUUUUGUGCUUUUUUUGCUUUACCAAUAAUUCAGGAACCUCCUGUUCAGACUCCUGCUUAAAUAAAUUUAAAAAAAGGAUAUAUAUUACUGUUGUGAUAUUCUACCAUAAAACAGCUGCCUUAUAUUCACGAGAGAAACGGCCACGUGAUUCCGUACCUCCAGCUUCAUCUUCUUGCUCUUCUUUUCCAGUUUGCGGUCCUUUUUUCUCUUUACAGACUCCACUUCAUCCGACCCCUUGGUUCCGCUCCCGUUGGGCAUGUCCUUAGCCAUGGCUUAUCUAAUAUACAGAAUGGACUAAAUAGUUUCCUAAUUAAUCAUGGGGUAAUUAAUCAUUUAGGUUCAGGGUUUGCCAUUUUUAGGUUUCAUGUACAACUAAAUGAAACUACACUGGAAUGAGCAUGAACUAAUAUAUGUUGAGUAUAUGCGACACAUUUUAUAUAAUAUUCCUACUACGACCCUGUCAAAUUGGCAAAAUAACAUAAGUUAAUAUAAUCUACGUGUAGAUCUGAAGUGCAACGUUCUAACUCUGUAACUCUGCCUACAGACACCGUGUCUACUUCACUUUAAAUACCUUAAUGUCGUCCAAGGGGCACUUCGUAUUUGAAAUAAAGUCACGAGGAAGAGCUGCAGAACUAAAUGAUCCUUUUCAAAGCAUGGGAAACAAAAACCAGCAUGUCGGUGGAGGCGGAAGUCACGUCACUGUCUUCUUCUUCUUGGGGUUUAUCGGCGGUUGGCAUCCACAACUUGGUGCAUUACCGCCCUCUUCUGAUCCAGUUAAUGAAUCAAAACAAAAAUAUCCAAACACUCACUCAUUCACACCUUCUUUCUACUCUAUAUCCUAUCAUAUAACCCUGUUUCUCUCAAAAAGCCAAACAAUACUUUUAUACAAUUCCUCUUCAUUAAUCUUAAAAUAUUUUCCAAAGUAUACUCCUGCAUACCCAAUUCUCUCAAUUGAUUUUUCAUACUUUCCCUCUCCAUCCCAUAACCACUACAGUUCAUUAAAACAUGUUCCACUGUCUCCUCUACCUGGCACCCCUCACAUAAUCCAGUGGGGUGUUUUCCUAUCAAAUUCAUUGUUUUAUUUAGUGCACUGUGCCCCAACCUUAACCUUAUCAAAAUGUGUUCAUCCUUCCUCUGACCACUAUACCUUAUUUUAACAUUAACACUUUUUUGAAUAUUAUAUAUCUCCCUUUCUCCUCACUGUCCCAUUUGUCUUGCCACAUUUUGUUAACUUUUCCCCAUAUCAGGCUUUUAACUUCUGCCUUACUUAAACUGAUAUUCAUUUCUACUUUUUCCUUCUCCAAUGCCUUCUUCGCCAUCUUAUCGGCUUUCUCAUUUCCCUUCACCCUUACAUGAGCUGGAACCCAUAAAAAAUUUAUUUGCCUCCCCUGCUGAACGAUUCUCGUAAUAGACUGUAGAACUUCAUAUAACAAACCCUGGCGACUACUUGAAUAAAAAGACCUCAUACUUGCCAAAACUGAUGCUGAAUCUGUACAGAUCACAAUUUUUUCAACUGUACUUGAUUCCACCCAUUUUAAUGCGACCAGCACCCCCAACAUCUCCACUGUAUAAACGCUUAAAUUAUCUGAUGUUCUUCUAUUAAACUCUAUUCUUUUUGAUGGAACAACUACUCCAAAACCACUCCUGUCUCAGGUUGUUUGGCACCAUCUGUAAAAACAUGAACCUACUCACUGUACUCUAUAAGAAGAUGAAUAUUAAAAACAC